CAUGACGACAGCAGGCCUGAAGGCGGAAGUAAGACAAUCAACAACUGAACACGGAAAAGCGAUUGACGUUAUCAGUAGUGUCUAGAAACAAUCAUACUCAGAGGAAUUUCUUAGUUUCGGAUAAUAUAAAAAUAUGUCAGUUUUCGGCAAAUUGUUUGGCGGUGGGGGGAAAGGCGGCAAAGGCCCAAGUCCACAAGAAGCAAUCCAGAAACUCCGUGAGACAGAAGAGAUGUUAACCAAGAAACAAGAGUACUUAGAGCAAAAGAUUGAUGCGGAGUUAUUAACAGCAAAGAAAAACGGCACGAAAAACAAACGAGCUGCGUUACAGGCCCUGAAAAGAAAGAAGCGAUAUGAAAAGCAACUAGCUCAGAUUGAUGGAACUCUCUCCACUAUUGAGUUCCAGCGAGAAGCAUUAGAGAAUGCUAAUACAAACACAGAAGUGCUUAAAAACAUGGGUUUUGCAGCCAAGGCCAUGAAGACAGCCCAUGAAAAUAUGGAUAUAGACAAAGUGGAUGACCUCAUGCAAGACAUCACAGACCAGCAGGAGUUGGCACAGGAGAUUUCUGAUGCCAUUUCAAGACCUGUAGGUUUUGGAGAAGACUUUGAUGAGGAUGAGCUCUUGGCUGAAUUGGAGGAGUUGGAACAGGAGGAGCUGGACAAAAACCUGCUGGAAAUUAGUGGCACAGAAGAUGUCUCUCUGCCCAGUGUGCCUUCAAAUCCAUUACCCAAAAAAACAGCUGUCGCCCACAAAAAGAGAGAAGAAGAGGAUGAGGAUGACAUGGAAGAACUCAAGGCAUGGGCCAUGUGAAUUUACCCAAUCUGACAGACUUUCAUUGCUCGUCCUUGUUGGCUUGUGUAGGCAAACCCGAAUACCUUCAGAGGGUUAACACUACAAAAAAAAAAAAAAACAUUCUGAGUUACCAUAGCUCUUGCAGUAUGGCUAAAAUAAGUCUAGAAAACAAGAGUUACAAACGAAAAUGAAUAUAAAGCGGGUUUUCGAAGUCAAUAGGACAAUACAAUCUGAUGACAUAAUAUGUGAAGUGACCCUUAAAUAUUUGGCCAUUGUUAUUUAGGUAAUGCGUUAGUGUUUCUAAUUUUUGUUUCUUAUUUGACUUCUCUUCAGAAACUGGUUGUUUUGAUUUGUCAUGAAUUUAGCAUGCCAAUACACAAGUUUCAUAAACAUCAUCUGAUAUAUUAAAUAUGUUUGGUACUGUUGUUGUUUGCUUCAAGCUUUGAUCUUAAUGUAUUCUGUUAGAUUAAUGUUAUUCAGCACUUCCAACAACAUAAACAUUUUUACAGUUUGCUGACAUUGACAUAAUGGUUUGGUAACAAAAAAACAACAACCUGGGAUUAACUGACAUUAUUCAUAAUAUAAAUAAAUCUAUAAAUGAAUAAAUGUGUGUGUGUGUGUGUGUGUAUAUAUAUAUAUAUAUAUAUAUAUAUAUAUAUAGACUGCCCAUCAUGCAUUAUUUGGUGGUGUCCAAAUAGUUGCAGAAAAUUACCUAUUUAAUAACACAACUUUAUUAUUGUCAUCUGAGGGGUUUCUUUUGGCAGUAGAUGACUAAUUAUUCAAAACAUACAAAAUAAACAAUACCAUGUUUUUUUCCCUCAUGUGGGAGCAUAUACUUUUUGGAGAUACAAAAAUGCUGUAUCUAUUCAGGUUGAGGCAUAUGUGGUGUGUGUACAUUUGUAUGUUUAAAAAAAUUCAGAUGGCUUUUAUUUGAUAGAUCAUUAAACUUUUGGAUUCCUUUU